CAGGACUGCCACCUGGCCUUCGGCGGAGGCAGCGACAGGCCCGCGGAGGACCUGGCCGCCUGGUGCAGGGAGCUGCGGGACCAGCAGAUCGAGUCGCUCGCGGCAGUCGACGACGAGAUGAUGGAGGCGUUCGUGGAGUUCGACGGCGACGUGCCGCGGGUCGUCAUCGAGGGCGCCCUGCAGCGCGCCGUCGCCGCCGGCAAAGUGAUGCCGCUGGUGGCCGGCAGCGCCAAGACCGGCAUCGGCAUCGAGGCGCUGCAGGAGGUGGUCCACGAGUUCAUCCCCCCCGGGGACGGGAAGGCGCUGGUGGAGAGCCUGGGCGUGAGCCUGUUCGGCGGCGUGUUCUUCGACACCGUCCCGCCCUUCGUCGGCUGGGCCUUCGCCGUGCGGGCGCCGGCGCACGGUGGCGAGCGGCACGUCGAGGUGCGCAUUCUGGACGGGACGCUGAGCAGGGGCGACGAGGUGAAGUUCGCAGGGAGUUCGCAUAAGGAGGCCUUCACCAUCCCGAAGGUCCUGAUCCACGGGGCCCGGGGCGAGCUGGUGGAGUGCCCCACGGCCGGGCCAGGCGACCUGGUGGUGCUGCCCGCGCCUGGCUGGCUGGACCACAAGGCGCUUGGCGCCCACGGCCUGACGCUGUGCGAUGCCCACCGCCCUGUCGGCACCUCCCCGGCGAUCCUGCCGCUGGGCGAGGCCGGCGCCGCCGCGGAGGCGGCCGGGUGCAGCUUCGCGCUGCAGCUGGAGGGCCUGGACAAGAAGGAGCAGAGGCGGCUCCUUGAUGCGCUGGAGGCGCUGCAGCGCGAGGACGACGGCCUCGCCCUCCGGGUCUCCCAGUGCGGCGAGCACGUGCUGUCCUGCACGGGGCCCCUGCACCUCGAGCUGGUGCGGGAGCGGCUCGCCGAGGACUUCAAGAUCAUGCAGCUGCGCCUCGGCAAGCCGCAGGUUGAGUACCAGGCCACCUUGAAGAACCCGACCAAGGCCAAGGGCAGCCAUGUGCCUACUGGGAAGGUGAAGAUGCGCAAGGGCAUCAUUCACCACGGCGGCGGGGGUGCGCCAGACGCGUGGGUGACGGUGGAGAUCGUCCCCGGGGCCCGCGACUCGGGCGUCGAGGUGGAGGUCGUCGGGCAGGGGGCCUGCCAGG